AGCCUCGUAGCUCGACUCAUACUGCCUGGGGCUGUGUGUUUGAUCUUUUAUUACUGUCAGUAGUGAGAGUCCCACUGCUGUUGACCCCUGUGACCCCCUUUUAUGACAUCAUUGCCUGUGUUUGCGUGCAGGAGACCCUGGAGGACAUUGAUAAGAAUGGAGACGGACAUGUAGACGAGGAUGAGUAUAUUGCGGACAUGUUUUCCCAUGAGGAGGGGGGCCCAGAACCAGACUGGGUCAGGACGGAGCGGGACCAGUUCUCUGACUUCCGGGACCUGAACAAGGACGGCAAGAUGGACGUGGAGGAGAUCCGCCACUGGAUCCUGCCCCAGGACUACGACCACGCAAUGGCAGAGGCCCGACACCUGGUUUACGAGUCAGACCAGGACAAGGACACAAUGCUGACCAAGGAGGAGAUCCUGGAGAACUGGAACAUGUUUGUAGGAAGUCAGGCCACCAACUAUGGAGAAGACCUGACCAAGAACCACGACGAACUCUGAGCAUAAUUUAGUGUAGGUGUGUGUUUGUGGCAGGGCGGUUGGACCUCAACUGAGCAUCGUCAACCUCGACCACCAACUUGUCUGGUCCUCAGCCUUAUCCUGCUGAAUGGGACAGAUGUAGACCCAACACUGCAUUAACCCCCGAGGGGAGGGUCCAAGGAAUGGUCUGUUCUUACCACUGACGGUCGAGGUCCUCCUGAGCGGCUGGACAGGGUUUGGUCCUGUUUCUGACAUUUAGGAACAGAUAUUGACCACACCGAACCUCUGUGCGACUGCCGUUGACAGUGCUUAUCGGCCAGACACCCAUCUGGCUUAGCUGCCUUUUUAGAUAUAUUUAGAGGUAGCCAUCAUCAAAUAACCAUCUUUGACCGUUUGAUAAUUUCCCUUAUAUUGUAUUUUCUUUAAACCUUACAUGUCUUAGCAGAGAUGAGAACGUAGGGUUGAUCGUCAGGAAUAUUUUAUUUGAUUGUGGUUUGAAUGUGAAAACAAAGCACAACCUAGAAUACUAACUCUAAUUGUAUUUAUUUAGUUAACUUGAGGAGGCGAAGAAGCCUGGGAGGUAUAAUAGUUAGAGGUCAGUGGGUGUUUAUAGCGUUUAUGAAGGCUGCCUAUUUUUUGAACUUGCCAGAUAUCACUACACUCUUGCUGUUUUUAUACAGUGGACACAGAUGUUGUUUUUGUUUUUGUUUUGCUGGCCAGUAAAGACUAUUUUACAAAUUACAUUUUUUGAAGUGCUCUUGGAUUUGCGAGCUUCCUCUUGUAAAAUGUUUUAUGAACUCUUACUAACACCCAUCUUAAUGUCAUGCUCUUUGCACGCAUCUUUUUUCCAAUAGAGUCUGUGAAACAUUCAUUUUAUUCAUAUUUUAUUCACUUUUGCUUUGUUCGCUUGUUUAUUUUUAUACACUUAAGGCCUGCAUGUGUCAAAAUUGAAUAUGAGUUUCAUGCAAAAUAACCAGGCUAUUGUCGUGAUGAAAAUGUAAGUUUUGCCUUUUCAUUGUUGUGGAAAUGGGAGUUUUGCAGUGAUGUAAAAUGACUUGAAACGCAGGAGAAUAGGGGUUCCAGAGUACUGUAUGCAUGUCCUCCGUUAACUCAAAGCUGCUUCUCAUAUUGACACUAUUGUUCACGUUGUAAGAUAGGACUUCCUGUUAUAUCACUUCCUCUUGUACCAUGCCAAAUGUACUCCCUUGUGUAUAUUAAUGUUUUUGAAAAAGAAACACAUUUUCCCAU